AUGGGUGCUAGUGGACUGCUGAUCUGUUGCCUAAAAACAUAUUUCAAAAAUGCUGUCAUCAUUGUUACAGAACGCCUGAAUGUCCUAUACGAGAGGAACUGGACACGACUGGUUCACGAGCAACUCCGCAAGUUCGAGUCCUCAAUCGUGGCGGCAGCGAGGCAGUCACCCGAAGCACAACCUCCAGAGCUGGCCAUGGACUCCAAGUGGACCUUUUCCGGAGCUCUGAUAUAUUGUAUCACACUCAUUACUACUAUAGGAUAUGGUAAUGUCUCUCCACGGACCGCGGCAGGACGAGCAGCAACAGUGGCAUAUGCUGCAGCAGGAGUGCCCCUCACAUUGGCAUGCCUCGCAGGACUCGGGGCCUCACUAGCCAGACUGGCACGUCUGGCAUGGCUGAGAGCUACUAAGAGAAAAGUUCCCAAUACUUGGAGAAAGGAAGGAGAACCUGAAAACUAUCUGCAACUACAUGAGCAACAGCGUCUGCUUCCCCAGCCGGCUGAGCACAACCAGUACACAUCCUUUCCACCAAGGUCACACAGGUCACCUGGAACAGUAAAGGCAAGGGCCGGAGACCGAGGCCAGUACUCGCAGGUCUUUGAGAGAGCCCCAUCCAGUCCAAGGGCAGCCACCUUAGGUAGAGUCAAGCGCAGUGCCUUGGUUGAUGAACCUCAUACAUCAUCAGCUCUACAAACUCAAACAUUAGAUCGGAAGAAGACCGUCGGCAGUACCAAAUGUUUGGCCACAGUCCAUGGUCCUGCAAGAGGAAGAAGCAGGUCUACUAUCCAGAGGCCGAGAGGAGCUGUUAUAGAACAACUGAUUGCUGAAGAGUGCGGAGAGCUUCAGCUAAAUAGAAGUGAUGAUGAGCUUGAUGACUCGGAAGAUCCUGAUGAAUCAGUUUGUCCCCACGAUACGCCGUCUCGAGUGCCUUUGAUUUGGAAUGAAGAGAACCACAAAGUGAAGAGUUGUACUGUGCCUAGCAGUAGCGCGUCGACCAGCGUUCAGCAUCACAUCCACCAUGGCAUCGAACAUUGCCACAUACCAGUCGGGAUCGUGCUAUUCCUUCUCCUCGCCUACAUCUGUGUCGGCGCCGCCAUCUUCUCCGCUUGGGAGAACUGGAGCUUCCUCGACGCUGCGUACUUCUGUUUCAUAGCGCUAGCCACCAUAGGCUUCGGGGAUUUCGUCCCCACCAGCUUUUUAACAAGUAAACAAAGCACAGAACAUACUAGAAGCGAAUACGUGCAGAUGAUAGCGUGUUGUGCGUACUUGGUUUUUGGACUCAUUUUGAUAGCCAUGUCGUUUAGUCUUCUACAGGAUGAAGUAGUUUCUCGGUGUUCGCAGUUAGCUAAUAGUCUAGGACUCUCUCGUCAAUGACAGUACGAGAAGAGCGAUUGUAGCUCAACAGAUAACCAUUUAAGAAUGUUAUGAUCGUUAUUGUAAGCAAUUGAUUUAGGAUCCACAUCAUUUAAUUUCCUCAUUGGAUCCAUUUCUUUAAUAUCGUACCCCAUGUUAUCAUUGUAUCAUAAAUGAAAAUUAUUUUCUCAUAUCUACACAGAAUAGUAAUGGUAAUUUGAAUAAAGAACAAAAUUUGAAAAAAAAAACUUUUUACGGAAUUUGUACUCGAAAA